CCUCGUGUUCCUUUAGCCCAGCCAAAACAUCCGCAUCCAUCCGGUUGAACCUUACUUUAUGAUCUCAACAUGACGACACUAAGUGCAUUUGCAUCAACUGCUCUCGCUUCAUGAAUUAAAUGCAUUGAAACCUCUCACCAAAAAUGAAACCCUCAAGCUCACCACAUAUUAAACAUGCAACAGCAACCUGAUGUAUACCUCGAAUCUCACAAACAGGUCCUUCAAUGGACCAAAGAGUUGGAAUUUCUGGGCUAUAUCCUCCUCGAAAUAAUUGGCCCGGAUGGCCUCGAAGAAAGAGGAUAUUACUGUCACCAGGCAGCGGACCUCCCGGCAAUUGUCGAUACCCUUGAAUGUGCUUGCUUCCAGCCCAACAGCAGGCUUCGGUGUGUAUUAGACGAACGGACCUUAAGACAUUUCAGAAGCCUACUCUUGAGGUCAAAGCAAAUUCGGAACGUGAUGGCUCACCAUCUUUUGUUGAAUCAUGAGAAAUUGUUGGCCUUGGGAAAAACAAAGGAGGAGCUUGAGCGGGAGUUUCAGUCUGCUAUCAGUCAAGUUGCAUCGAGAUAUAACAUUCAACAGGUUACGUGGUAUCCCGACGACACUGAGUUCAGUGGAAUUUCAAACCGUCAUACUGAAGCCAUCGCUUUGGGCAGUGAGUCACCACUAUACCAGCGCCAGAGAAUCCUUUGGUCAGAAGCAGGGCCGUCAAAUAUGCCGAAAAAGAAGAAACACAAAGAAAAGAAAGAGAUAGAAAAGAAAGAGAAAGGAAAGAAAGAGAAAGGAAAGAAACAGAAAAAGAAGAAACAGAAGAAAAAGGCGACAGAAGAAAGCCGAGCGGCCCAUUGGAACGUUUUCGAGGCGUCCUUGCGACGUAAACUUGCAAGGAUGCAGGAAGAGCAAGCCCGAUUAAUGGAGGCUAAAGCUCGAAAGCUUCAAGCCUUGGAGCAACUAUACCGUCAACGGCGGCAGGCGAGAAUAAACCAGAUCAAUCGGAUCCUGCGUAUGAUGGAAGAUGAAGAGCGAGACCAAAAAGUUCAACGCAGGAAGAUUCUUGGCGAAUCUUCAGGAGCCAGUGAUAGCAUGGAUGCGCUUUUUAUUCUUAUCCUCCUAGCCUUGAGCUCUCCGUUGUGGCUUUCUGGAUUGGUUGUCCGCAAAUUUGGGGUACAAAUCAUGAGGUGA